CAAAAAGUGAAGGAAAACCCUUACACAAUCAAACUAGAUUCUUCAACAAAGUAAACCAUUCAUGUGAGUAAAGCUACUUCAAUUAAAAGACAAUUUCUCAGAGCAAUAAAUCUUCACAUUCAUCAACUAACCAAACAAAACAUCAUCAUAUAACAAACACAACAAUGUCCAAAUUGCUCCCUACCCUCCAAUUCAAUCACAUAAUCAUUCUAUCAUCAGUACUAGCCUGUCUAAUCAUCCCUUCACAUUGUUCCAACAACACAUGUCGAUCCUAUUGCGGAAACAUAACUAUAGAUUAUCCAUUUGCCUUGCAAUACGGAUGCGGCCACCCAGGCUUCCGUGACUUACUCUUCUGCAUAAACAAUGUUCUCAUGUUCCAUAUAACCUCAGGUUCCUACAGAGUCCUACAAAUCGAUUACGCCUAUCAAGCUCUCACACUUCACGAGCCACACAUGUCAACAUGCGAAACACUCGUCUUAGGAACAAAAGGUAACGGUUUCUCAGUCGAACCAUGGCGGGCGCCAUACAUGAACCCAACAUCCGACAACGUUUUCAUGCUCAUUUCAUGUUCUCCUAGUUCACCAUUGUUUCAAGGCUUCCCUGGUAAACACUUGCCUUGUAGAAAUGUUUCUGGUAUGGGCUGUGAAGAGUAUUAUGGUUGUCCUGCUUGGGAUAUGAUGGGCCAUAAAAAGAUAGGCUCGUCGUCGUUUUUCGGGUCUGGCCCGCCAGAGUGUUGCGCGGUUCCAUAUGAGGCUAUUAAGGGGAUUAAUCUAAGUAAGCUUGAGUGUGAAGGCUAUAGUAGUGCUUAUAGUGUUGCGCCGUUGAAGGUUGAUGGGCCCGGUGAUUGGGCUUAUGGGAUUCGCGUGAGGUAUUCUGUUCAAGGGAGUGAUGAGUUUUGUGGUGCAUGUCAGGCUACUGGUGGUAGUUGUGGGUAUGGUUCUGAUGGGAUUAGACAAGUUUGUAUGUGUGGGAACUUCAAUUCAACUUCAAAUUGUGAUUCAGUGGGCUUAUUAUCUUCUGGAGCAAGGUCUAUGAAGGUGAAAAUGUUUACAGGUGUGUGCUUGACUAGUUAUUAUAUUUUCAAAGUGGCAUUGAAUCCAUUGAUGAUCCUAGCUAGUGUCUUGUGUGCCCUGUAAUUGAAAUAAGAUAUAAUGAUAUUUUUAAAAUUUAGUCCGGUUGACACCUCUGAACAAAGACGUGUUUUAUGGCCGAGUCUGACACCAACACAUGUGAUCAUGUUCAAUUUAUUCAUUUUUUCAAAUCAUUACUAGCAUCAACAUGUUAGUGUUGGUGACGUGUUUGUGUUUGUGUUAGUGCUUCAUAGUAAUUUAGACAAACUUAUAGAUAUUCAAGUGAAGAACAUUUUUCCAUUUUUGCACAUGAAAUAAGAAUUGGAGAGUAAUGGUGUUGUAUGUAACUUUUC